CUGUGCCAGCCACAGUUUUCCAUUCCCUGGGCUCCGCGCCCAGCGCCCAGGCAAAUCCUCGGGACCCACCUCCUCGAUGCAUCGGCUGCAGGUAGUGCUGGGCCACCUGGCCGGUCGGCAGUCGAGCUCCGCGCUGCAAGCCACGCCCUGCUCCGCGGGCUUCCGGCAGGCCUCGGCCUCCGACGUGGUGGUGGUGCACGGACGGCGCACCCCCAUCGGCCUUGCGGGCCGCGGCGGCUUCAAGGACACCACCCCGGACGAGCUUCUGUCGGCCGUGUUGACCGCGGUUCUCCAGGACGUGAAGCUCAAGCCCGAGGAGCUGGGUGACAUCUCCGUGGGCAACGUGCUUUUGCCGGGGGCUGGAGCCGUCUUGGCGCGCAUUGCCCAGUUCCUGAGUGACAUUCCAGAGACUGUCCCUUUGUCUACUGUCAACAGACAGUGUUCCUCAGGGCUGCAGGCAGUGGCCAACAUCGCUGGUGGCAUCAGAAAUGGGUCUUAUGACAUUGGCAUGGCCUGUGGGGUGGAGUCCAUGUCCCUGUCUGAGAGAGGGAACUCCGGGAAUGUUUCUCCACGUCUGCUGGAGAACGAGAAGGCCAGAGAUUGCCUGAUUCCUAUGGGGAUAACCUUGGAGAACGUGGCUGAGCGGUUCAGCAUUUCACGGCAGAAGCAGGACGCCUUCGCUCUGGCCUCCCAGCGGAAGGCAGCGAGAGCCCAGAGCAGGGGCUGUUUCCAAGCUGAGAUCGUGCCUGUGACAACCGCCGUCCUUGAUGACAAGGGCAACAAGAAAACCGUCACUGUGACCCAGGAUGAGGGUGUCCGUCCCAACACCACCAUGGAGGGCCUGGCCAAGCUGAAGCCGGCCUUCAAGGAUGGAGGCUCUACCACAGCUGGUGGGUGUGGGCCAGGAAUAGGGCUGAUGGAGGUGACCUGUUCUACUCUGAGACCUGGAGCUGCCCAGGCCCCAUGGCAAGGUGAUGGUGGAGGGCUGGCUCUCCUCAGCUCCGUCUGACACCACCACGUCAUGGGCAUCGGUCCUGCCUAUGCCAUCCCUGCAGCCUUGCAGAAAGCAGGGCUGACUGUGAACGACAUAGACAUCUUUGAGAUCAAUGAGGCCUUUGCAAGUCAGGCCCUCUACUGUGUGGAGAAGCUGGGGAUCCCUGCAGAGAAGGUGAACCCCCUGGGGGGUGCAAUAGCCCUGGGCCACCCCCUGGGCUGCACCAGGGCGAGGCAGGUGGUCACCCUGCUCAAUGAACUGAAGCGUCGUGGGAAACGGGCUUAUGGAGUGGUGUCCAUGUGCAUCGGGACGGGCAUGGGAGCCGCUGCUGUCUUCGAAUACCCUGGCAACUGAAGCCCUGGCUGCAGGCACUGCCCAGAGAGUCCUACAGCGGCGGCGGCCAGACAGGGACUCUACGGAAGCAUGGGGCAGCACUGGAGGGGUGGAUCAUGGCACUUUGAUUUGGAAAAUGUGAUCAUCACAAUAUGGGGAUGAUUGAGCAUUGGGCCAGUCACACAGGUUCCUCUUGACCACAGGACAAUGUCUGUCUCUGUCGGACGGUGGCCUCAUGAAAGAUGGGUGUGAUGGGCAAA